AUGCAUGAUAACGAAAAUUUGUGCCCAAAUAAAGCACGCGAGAUCAGACAACGACCUGCCCAGAAACAGAAAGGAAAAUUUCCGAAGCUCACCGGUUUUGGUCGCGAAAACCGCAGCGAGAGAGAGAAAACGAAGGAUCGAGAGAGAACAGGAGGAGGUCAUGCCCCAUUUGAAGGAAUAUCAGUGUUGUUGCAAUUAGGGACUUUAUUCUCCAAAUGGUGGUUGAUACAAGACAACAAUAGGAAGGUACAUAGUUACUUUUCAUGGCUGCACUCGGGUGAUGUGAUUAGGCGAGUUGUCGGUAUAAACAAAGCGCAGAGGAAGAAGACUUUUGAGAACAUCAUAACACGUUUUGCCGAAAUAACUUUGAAGGACAUCAAGUAA